AUGAUUAUUAUUAAUGAUUCUCUUUUAUUAACAUCAACAACAACAAGUCAUUCGGAUUUAAAUUCAACAAAUGAAAUUUAUGAUACAUCAUCUUCAAGUACAAUAAUAACAAUUAUUAUUCUAUCAUGUUUAAGUAUAUCCGGUUGGAUAUUUAUGUCAUAUGCAUUAUUCAGUCGAUCGGAAGCUUAUCGUAGAAAACCUGAUGAUCAAUAUGGUGUAUCACAUUAUGUCGAUAAUCCUGAAAGAUCAAUUUAUAGUGAUUUUAUAACUGAUUUUGAUUAA